UUUUUCCUUUGAUUUCACNUGCUGAUUUCAUGGCGUCGAAAUUCACUUGUUUCUUUCUUUUCUAACAUUUCCUCAUGAUGGAGUACUGUUGACAAUUUGAAACGUGGAAGGUUUUCCGUCAGUUUGAAACUUGAAGUUGAAGGGAAAUAUGACGAAAACGUUGGUGUCACGGACGAAUUCUAUUUUCUCGAUUUACUUGCUGCUGGCGAUUGUUUUGCAAUGCGUUUCAUCCACAAUAAUAAGCGACGUGAAGCCCAAUGACGGCUUGGUCCGGAAACCGAGACUUAUUGCCGGAGGGUAUCCGUCAGGGAUUCAACAGGAAAUUAUUCCCUCCGGGUUCUUCGUCAACAGAAGUACACUUCAAUACAUGGCCAGAUUUUCUCCGGAUGUCUCGAAUUUCUCAUUCUGCAGCGGAGCACUCGUUACCCUUUCGCUCGUUUUGACAGCAGCUCAUUGUGUGGACCAAAAUGUGUCGAGUCCGUAUGCGCCAUUCACGAUCAUCCUCGGGGACCUGGAUACGGAUAAAGUUGAGGCGAACGAGCAAAGAUUUCCAGGAUUACUCAUGAAUGGAAGUGCGAUUCUGCAUCCGAAAUGGGACAGCAAAAACAGCAGCAUUUCUACAUUUUCCUACGAGAAAAUUCAACAAAACGACAUCGCUGUUUACAAACUACCCAGGGAAGCUAAGAUUAAUGUUGGAUACGUUCAAAUAAUAGGAUUCUACUUGGGCACCCCACUGGCAGAGAAUUCGGCGGUCAAAAUCGCGGGUUGGGGAGAAAGUGAAGAAAAUGCCUUCACUAUACAGCGUGAAAGGACCCUUCAAGAAGUUGAGAUUCCUCUUCAAAAGUGUGGUACAUUGCCCGUCAGGAAUUCCGAAGCUGUCAUUUGUUACGGUACCAACGAAUCUUUCCCUUGCAAGUCGGAUGCUGGAGGACCCGUUAUUACGUAUGUCGACAAGACACAAUAUCUAGUUGGCGUGCACAAUGCUGGAAACUGCAACAGUACCGGAGUCAAUGGGAUUUUCGGAUUCGGCGCAAAUUUGCAAUAUUCUGAAAAUCAACUGAAGUAA